AUGGUCUUUGGGCCGCGAGUAGUCAUUUGUGUCCAUUUCUCUCUUCGAACACGCCCAUCAUCUGGGCAGGGAAUAAAAUCGAUGGCUCGGGAGAGACACUGCGCCUGCACAUGGAUCAAUGAAGAUGGACUUGUCCGGUGUACAUGCAUUGGUAUGGUGGACUUUCGAAUCAAAGAAGCAGCCGGUGGAUUUCAUUACGACUGCUGCUGUCAUUCCUCUUCCAUAAACGCGUUUCUAACAGAACUUGGAAUGUUGUCUCAGACUACGCGAGACAUCUGCGGAAAAGCACUCCACUCCAUUGCGGUGAAUGCAUUUCAGAGCUAUGAAAGUUACAUGGACGAUUUGCCUCUAUUCACAUAUCAACAUGGAAGAAAGUUGGCAGUAUUAGCGAUGAGGUUCAACUCGGAAGAAACUACCAUUCAAUAUGUUCCCAUAAGAUUCAUACAACGCAAUGGUCAGCACUACAUAUGUGCUUUUUGUGACCUUGUCUGCACAAAUUCAUGCGAACAUGUCACGAAGUUGCGAGACUUGCUAGUCCACGGAGGACCCGCUGUGAAGGAUGGAGCUUGUACAAACGUUAAGUUGGAACCGCUCCUGUACGGUCCAAACUGGAACCCAAUGGAUGAUCUUGGGGGACUAUCUCGUUACCCAGUGGGAGUAGUUGAUUGCAAAGAGGCAAUAAGAAUGAACAGGAGAAUAGUGAUGCUGUCACAGAGCAUCCUGACGUUUAUGGUUUCAGCCCCCAAGGUUUGUGUACUUUGCAAUCCAGAACGAGACGAAUCUACUCGAAAGCUGCAGCAAGGUAUUAUCAUGACAACUGCUGGAGUGUGCGAAAUGCAUGUUGAAGUUUUCAAGUGCUCAAACUGCUACACUAUCAUUCAUUCAGAAGGCAGAGACCACAAGAUAGUAUUGGCUAGCUUAUCAACAGCUGCAACACACGUCCUGCUACGGCAUAUCAUCAGGGGUGUAGCAACAUCUAAUGGGACGCUGAGAGGCCGUUUGGAGCAUUACUAUCGGACGUCACAGCUCGUAUUGAUGCUGAUUUAG